GAGUCCAAUUACAUCACCGGCGGCCAUAAAAACGGCGCUGCGGCUCAUCGGGAGGAAGACCCGCACGCAGCUGAGGCACGGAGCGCACGGUCGGCACACCUGGACACCCCGGAGCUCCACUCAUGGACCUACACUCCUCCAAAGACAUGAAGAAACCGAGGACUCUGAGCUGCAGCAUUAAGCUGUUCGUCCUGUGCCACGGCCUCCUGCAGUUCUCUCAGCUGCUGUACAGCGCCUACUUCAAGAGCACCAUCACCACAAUCGAGAGACGCUAUGGCCUCAGUAGCUACUCCUCGGGAACCAUUUCCUCUCUCAACGAGAUCAGUAACAGCGUGCUGAUCGUGUUCGUGAGCUACUUUGGGAAUCGGGUUCAUCGUCCUCGCAUCAUUGGGAUUGGUGGACUGCUAAUGGCGGUCAGUGCCAUGAUCCUGACCUUACCUCACUUCCUGUCUCAGCCCUACGAAUACGACUCCGUGUUACACAAUCGCCACGACAUUUGCACUCUGCAGGGCAACUCCAGCAACACAGAGUCUUGUGGCCGCGAUGAAAGCAGACGUCUGACCGACACCAACAACCUGUGGCUGCUCAUGGCCAGCGCCCAGCUGCUCUUCGGUGUGGGCUCGGUGCCCAUCCAGCCCUUUGGGAUUUCCUACAUAGAUGAUUUUGCUGGACCUGGGAACUCCCCUCUCUACAUAGCCAUCCUGUUUGCUGUCUCUGUGUUCGGGCCUGUCGUUGGCUACCUGCUGGGUUCCGUCAUGCUGCGCAUCUACGUGGACGUGGACAGAACUGGUCUAGGAGCCGAACUGGAGCUGAGGCAGGGUGACCCCCGCUGGGUCGGUGCCUGGUGGAUGGGCCUGCUCAUCACCACUGGCUGCCUGACUCUUACCUCCAUCCCCUACUUCUUCUUCCCGCGCACAAUGCCAUCAGAAGACAAUUGCAUUGUGACUGCUAAUGUACAUCAGCAAUUUCCCGCCGGCAGUCCAUUCAAACUACAAGAGCAGGUGAUUGGAAGUGAGACUGACUCGAGUGAUGACUUCAAGAAGCCGGAUAUCUCUUUACUGGAUUUCCUGAAAAUGUUUCCCAGGAUGUUUGUCCACCUCCUGCUGAGCCCUCUCUUCCUGAUGCUGGUCCUGGCUCAGUGCUGCUUCUCCUCAGUGAUUGCAGGUCUGGCUACAUUCCUUAACAAGUUUCUGGAGCGACAAUACAGUGCCUCGCCCGCCUACAGCAGCCUGCUAGUAGGUGCUGUGAAUCUGCCAGCAGUGGCUGUGGGGAUGCUGCUCGGCGGGGUCAUUAUGAAAAAGGCAGCUCUCUCUCUGAAGAUCAUCCCCCGUUUCUCGGUGGUCAUGCUGACCAUCUCCACCCUCCUCUGCAUCCCUCUUUUCUUCAUGGGCUGUCCCACGCAGAAAGUCUCGGAGGUCAAUCAUUACCAGAUCAGACAGUAUGGGUCUGUAUCCAAAUGCUAUUCAAAUUGCUCCUGUCCUGUCAAUGCCUUCCACCCUGUGUGCGGCUCUGAUGGUAUCGAGUACAUUUCGCCCUGCCAUGCAGGCUGCACCAACUUUACCAAAGACCCCAACAACACCUACAGGGUUCAGAUGUAUACCAACUGCAGGUGCAUAUCAGGGAGUCAGAGUCACGCCCACCCAGCUCCAUGUCCAAACAACUGCACUCAUUUUCUUCUCCCCGUCAUACUCGUCAUCUCUCUAGCAGCACUGAUCGCCUGCCUCACUCACAAUCCCAUGUACAUGAUGGUGCUCAGGUCUGUUCCCUCUGAAGAGAAGUCAUUUGCUAUAGGAAUCCAGUUUUUACUCAUGAGAUUAUUAGCCUGGCUGCCUGCCCCCGCUCUCUAUGGAAUGGCCAUCGACACAUCAUGUAUCUGGUGGAAACGUGUGUGUGGAAAGAAGUUUAGUUGUGGUUACUACGACAACAACUUCUUGAGGAACCGGUACUUGGGCUUACAAGUGGGUUUUAAGGUCAUGGGCAUCAUCCUGCUAAUGAUGCUGGGCUGGAAGGUGCAGCGGACCCAGGAGUACAGUCUGGAAAAGAGGCCCGAAGGACUGCUGUGAUCCUGCAGGGACUCCCUGGUGAUCCGAGCCUCUCGGAGCUUUCAAACAUUUUGAAAAUGAGCGUGCUGAGCAAGGCUGCGUCAGUGGGAGGAAUCCAUUGUCAAGACGAGCCUACGCUGACCUCAUUUUACUUCCCUACCUGGCACUGGGCGGAGUCAGGAUAUCUGUUUUCCAAAAUGUUUUGGAUGCAUUUUAGGCUAAUGAUUGGAAUAACUCAGUAUGGCAUUACAAGUUGAAAGAGCUAAAACACAUCAUGUUGUACCUGAACAUUUUACAUGCUUCCAAGACGGUGAUGAGACCCUGACUGAUGCUCAGACAGCUAUACGUUUUGCAUACAUGUCAUGUUCUUAAAAACUAGGAUUCUGUGCAGGUUUCUGUUUAUGGGAACAUGUUUUGUAACUAGUUUACUGUAUAGCUUAAUAUUUAAGUUUAUUUUUUUAGAUGUUUGUCUCAUACACUGAGACAUCUGUGAUAACUGCAAUACUGAUUUUAUAUACAAUCAUAUGUAACAUUUUAAAUGCAAUUCUAAUGAAUUUCCAGAUAUCAAGUACAUACACUGUUGCUCAUAAACAGAAUGAAAUAAAUUAACAUACAUUAUGCUAUCUGCUGGUGUGGUUAUUGAGCGGCGUGUAAGUGUAAGCCUCACUGGAUAAUUUUAAAAAAAGACAGAUUGCAAUUAAUCAAGUCAGCAUUAAGUCUUUUAUUCUUUUCUGUCAUUGUCUGUUUCUCCAAGGCUGGAUAGCUAACAUGGCAACAUGAGCAAGACCAAAUGUACUGCAUUUACAUCACGUCAGUUGGUUAUGGUAUUUCAAUUAACUUCAAGUUUGUUACAGAAUUUUUGCCAUUGAUAUCAGCGAAGAUGGGUGUUUGAUCUUCAUGACUUUUAGAUAGUCUUGUAGCCCCAGAAUGUAGUGUUAGAGGUGUAUUUUGCAGUGUGUACUGUAUGUAAUGGGAACUUAAAGCUGGUACAGUCAUUAAGUUUGAAUUUACAGAUUUUUUGCAGCUUUUGAAAAUGUACAAAAUCGCUAUAUUAUCAGUAUCAGCUGUUAGCUUCUCUCUAAGGAUUAACACACUGAUAAACAGGAUCUGCAUAACUAACGAUAAUAUUAACCUCAAUCUCUGAUGGUAAAUAUAUGAUAUGUAUAUUAGAUGAUGCUUUGGGCUGUUUGAUUGUUUAUUGGCUUUAUGUUAAAUUUCAAAUAGGACUUCGAAUAAGCAAUUCAAGCUUCAAUCCUUCUCUGACAUGACUAUUUUCUUUUUUUUUUCUGUCUGUAUUUUCUGUUUUGCUGUGUAAACUAAACCAAACCUUAAGGGGGGCUUGUCUGAACAAUAAAGUUUUAUGCACAACA